CCGGGCCGCAUCCCAAUCCGAUUUCACCUCCACUAACCAGCAGCACGAGGCGCCACCUGUAGCACCAUGGCAACUGCGGUCCCGUUCGCUGUAGUGUCCUGCUCGGGCUGCAGACUGCGCAGUGGUCUGGAGGGCGGUUUGGGACGCAGCCGGUGGGAGGCGGCGAGGAGCGGGACUUCCGGUGAUGGUAAUUACAUAAGCAAAACGUAAACGCUUCGCGGGAAAAGGUGAAAAAAUGGCGCCUCGCACUGAGUCCGCGGACUGUGCGUCCGGCUGAAGGCGCAAACUUUUCCGCCUGCCAGGGGGAGGACAUCACAUCUCGCCCGGGGCUCAGGGGGCUUCUACUGCAGAGGGAAGAGUUUAUCCCUACGGGACAGGAGAACCAGCAGGACGGAAAUCCAGACGAGCGCGUUAAGGAUGUUGGACGGAGCGUGCCGGGAUGGCUACCUGGCUGUAGGUGCGGAGGACCUGGAGGACAAGCGGCUGCUGCCAAAGCAUGACAAAAUCUGCAGUGACCUAGAGAGCAAGCUGACCGUGGGCCAGUACGUACUCUGCCGCUGGUCUGAUGGCCUGUAUUACUUGGGAAAGAUCCAAAGGGUUAGCUCGUCAAAGCAGAGCUGCUUCGUCACGUUCGAAGACAACUCCAAGUUCUGGGUGCUUUGGAAGGACAUACAGCAUGCUGGUGUUCCGGGAGAAGAGCCCAAAUGCUCUGUGUGCUCCGAGAUGACUAUAGUGUCUGAGAAUAAAAUCCUUAUCUGUGGAAAAUGUGGAAUCGGCUACCACCAGCUGUGCCACAUGCCGCAAGUGGAGAGUUCAGCAGACCUCUCGCCUUGGUUUUGCAGAAAGUGCAUUUUUGCCUUAGCAGUGAGAAAAGGGGGCGCACUGAAGAAAGGCCCUAUCGCCAAAGCACUGCAGUCCAUGAAGCAGGUGCUCACCUACAACACUGAAGAACUGGAGUGGGACUCUCUGCACCGCACCAACCACCAGCAGUGCUACUGCUACUGCGGGGGACCCGGAGAAUGGUACCUAAAAAUGUUGCAGUGUUUCCGCUGUGAGCAGUGGUUUCACGAAGCAUGCACGCAGUGCCUGCAAGAGUCCAUGAUGUUCGGAGAUAGGUUUUACUUGUUCGUUUGUGCCGUGUGCAAUAAGGGAGUGGAGUACAUCAAACGCCUGGCUCUGCGCUGGGUGGAUGUGGUCCAUCUGGCCCUGUACAACCUGGGAGUGCAGAGUAAGAAAAAGUACUUUGAACUGGAGGAGAUCCUCAGCUUCAUCAGCAACAACUGGGAUCAUUUCCAGCUGGGCAAGCUUGCGAACACUCCUCCCUCAGAGAGAGGCCAGCUUAUCCUUGAUGCUCUUAACAACUACAAAAGCAAGUUUCUCUGUGGAAAGGAGAUCAAGAAGAGGAAAUGUAUCUUUCGGCUGAGGACGAGAGUUCCCCCCAACCCCCCCUCCAAGCUCUUUCCAGAGAAGACCCCAAAGAGCGAAGGACGCAGAGGCUGCAAGAACGGAGUGACGCGCAACGGUUGUGCUCCUGCAGAGAAGCGGAGGAAGAAGAGGUCUAAGUGGCUGCUGGAGGAUGCUAUUCCCAACAACGAGAUGACAUCCACAUGGAGCACCAAUCACCACAUGGCUAACAUCUUUGACUUUACACUCGACGAGCUGCAGAGCUUAAAAAGUACUAGUUCAGGACGGACAUUCAGUAUGGAUCAGGACUCAACAGAUGCAGCGAGCACUUCAGGCUCUGCCACUACCAGCGUGUCCUAUGACUUCAGGAAGAACGUGGGCAGUCGAAAGAGGAAGCUUCCAUCAUCUAAUUACAGCGCUCUGGCCAGUAAGCGGGAGGCAAUGGAGAGCGAGCUGAGUCCAGUGGGCACCCCAGUGGUCGAGUCCAGGGAUGUAAUGGGCAGUUCCAUCGACAGCCACACCUUCGAAAGCCUGAGUGAAGACGACACGUCUCUCUCCAACCUCAAGUCUUCUAUCACCAGUUACUUCGGCGCAGCAGGGAGGCUCACAUGUGGGGAAAAGUACCAGGUUUUGGCACGCAGGGUCACGCCAGAGGGCAAGGUUCAGUACCUGGUGGAAUGGGAAGGCACAACACCUUACUGAGGGGCAGGAGAACAGAGAUGAGGUUCAAGAUGGGGUUCUUCACUUCCAGGCCUCGGGAGUCACAGUGGUGCAAAUGAACAGAAGAAUUGGGUGCAACUGGUCAAACUGGCAGUAAAAUGAUAGAUCUCCUCUCUAUUUUGGAUUACUGUGAAUUUCCAGGGUUGGGAUUGAAGAACACACGAGCGUUCUAGAAUGUCACAUUGAUUUAAACCAGUUUAUCUUUUUUUUUUUUUUCUCAUCUCUCUUCUUUUUAUGUUACACAAACAUCUAAACAACGGAGUUCCAGAAAAUCUAGUUUUCUAGUGCAAUUGUAGUUUUUUAAAGGAUCCUAGAAAUAUAUAUACAAGAACACAUCUAGCUUGAGCACUUACCCCACGUUGGGUAACGAAGUUUCCUCAGUGUCCUGUUGACAGGGCACUAUAAACAGCACAAAACUCACUUGUCCCAUUCAGCCCAUUAACAUCGUAGUACUUAAUACCUGGUUUUUAUUUUUGUUGUUUUGUUUUUUUUCUUCUUUCUAGUGUCAGUUUUCGCACUUGUGAACUGGUUACAUUUCCAUGUCAGUGAGAUAUAAUGAUGUAAUAUUAUAUAGCCAUGACACAAAUCAUUAAAUAUUGACCCUUCAAGGGUGUCAUCAGGACGAACAUUGGCCAACAUUCUAGUGGAUGGUAACAUUAAAAAUGUCUAUCCCCACCCACACACUAUUAUUACUAUUAAUUACUACGAUCAUGACGCUGAAAUUCCCUUGGCGCACGGGAUUCUCACAAUAUGACCAUUCUCGACCAUAACGUCGUCUCGCACCACCUCGAUGCUCCAUUAUAACUAUUAGCGAAGGGUUUUAAAUAAAGUCGUACCGGUUCCAAACAACUGA